GCCGUGCGAUCAUCCGCCGGAUAUGAGUGUUGAUUUUUAGUCGAGAAGCUUCAACGAAGACAAUAAAAUUGUCUAAGUCUGUUUUAGCUAUUGCUAAACUAUUGCAGUUACAUAAGGUAUAUGUAAGAUUGGCAAAGGAUUAAGAUUAUGGCGUGGGGAAACGAGUUAUGGGAUCGAUCUGAUGUCGUAGCGAAUCACACACAACAGUCUAUCGACUUUAUUGAGAAAGUUUCCAAAUUUAUCAAGGAAAGAUCAAGAAUUGAGCAAGAUUAUGCCAAGGAACUCAAGAAGUUGUGCAAGUCAUACCACUUGAAGAAAAAGGAAGAAUCAAGUCUAACUGUCCACAAAGCAUUCACUGGAAUUUUAAAGGAAACAGAGGAUAUUGCCGGUCAACAUGAAGUUAUAAGCGAAGAGCUGCAGUCAAAGGUGUACAAAGAGCUACAUGUACUUUCUACGGAAGCUAAACAUGAUAGAAAAAAGUUUAUAGAUGGAGAAAAGACACUUCUAAGAAAUCUUCAGCAAUCUAUGAAUUCCUUAGAUAAUGCCAAAAGAGCAUAUGAAAAAUCCAGCAAAGAAUCCACUGAAGCAUUUCAAAACUAUCAGAAAGCAGACAAUGACAUGAACAUGACAAAGAUGCAAAUUGAAAAGUUAAAACAAUUAUCUAUGGAGAAAGGUCAACAGUGUGAAAAUGCCAAGGAGGCAUAUCGUGAUCAACUCACUAAGACGAAUAACAGUCAAACACUUCAUUAUUCAACCAAUUUUCCACAAUUAAGCGAUGUGUUACAAAAGAGUGAGGAAGAUCAUAUUGCAAGAUAUGCCAUUCUUCUUACACAAUAUUCUGAUGUUCAGGCCAAGGUUAUUCCAAUCAUAAAUAAAUGUUUGGAGGGAAUGAAAGUUGCAGCGCAAAUUGUAGAUGGGGGAAAGGAUUCACAAUCUUUGGUGGAUGCAAACAAGACGGGUUUUUCUCCGCCUGGGGAUAUUCCAUUCGAAGAAUAUGGCAAACCAGCAACUCAACAACCUGGGACACCAUCGGAUAAAAAAGGAAAAUCAAAGAAGGCUAAAGCAAAAGGCCAUAAAAAUGUCAAGAAUGUUGGUGAUGGAAAUGACUUUCAAAGUCUUAAUCCUGGUGAAAAACUUCGAGUGUGUAAAAAAAAGAUUGAGGAAUUAAGUCUUUCAUCCAAUACACUACUUGCAGAAAGACAAGCCUUGGAGAAAAUGUUAGGAGUUUAUAGCGAGAACACUGCAUUAGGGGAUCCAAAAAGCAUUGCCUCUCAACUUGAGGAUAAUGCAAAAGCAUUGGACAAAAGUAAUGAAGAACUUUAUAAAUAUCAGUGUUAUUUGGCCAUAUUAGAAAAAACUGAGCAACCUGUCAAGCAACCAACUUAUUCUGGUCAAAAUGUACCUGCACCUCCUUCACAUCAUUCAUCCAAUGGUGAACCUGCUCCACCACCUGCUAACAUUCCAGAUCCACCACCGUACCAUGGAACAAAUGAGGUGGACCAUGCAGAUGGAGAAUUUGAGGAUGAUAUACGGUGUUACGUACUUUAUGAUUUUCAAGGUACAAACGAGGGUGAGAUUACCGUGUCUGCUGGUGAGGAGUUGAUUGUAUUAGAACAAGAUAUUGACAGUACAGGUUGGACGCAGGUAUUGAAAGGUGAAGAAGAAGGUUACGUUCCAACUGCUUAUAUACAAAUCUCUGAGUAGAUAUCUAUUUAAGAAGAAUCCAAGAAAUUUUGUCCAGUUUAUGGUGUUGACAUCCUCCAACAGUUGCAGAAAAUCUCUUAACAUGAAGAUAUAAUAUAAGAUUUACCUGAGCACAAAUAUGUGCUCAUUACUCCUGGGAGCUUAUUUAUCCAUGGCCCAGAAAAUGGCAAUUGUACCUGUAAAUUCUAUUUUAUUUUAUUGAUGAUUCAAAAUGUAACUUUAAUUUGUCGUAAGAAUGUAACUAAUUUAGUUUUAAACACAUAGAAGGACGCUAUGCAGAAUUAUUUUCUGCACUUUUUUACUAAGCCAUCCUUUUAAAAGAAUGUGGUCUUUUAGGAUAAAGUCAUAUUUUUUGUACAAAUUAUUUAGUAAUAAUUUUACGAUAUACUUUUAUUUGUCUUCUACUUUGCUUUUGGUUAUGAAAAGUUUGAAUGCAUAGUCUAAUGCGCUUUCUAAAAACAACAACUGAAUUACGAUUUAAAAAAUUAUUACAAUGGCAGGAAUUUACAUCCAUCUUAGCAGUCAAUAAAAAUCGGCUUAUCAUG